AUGCCACAGCUCUUUCCAGCCAAUCCUGCUGCGACCAUGGUGAUUCGCCAUGUGACGCCGGAAAUCGUGACUAUGAGUCUGCCAUUCGCGCGCUUUGGGCACCUGCAAUUCGGUGGACGCGGCACACUCGUCAAACUUUCCACUGGCUCCCUCGCAGUAUUCUCGCCCGUUAGCCUCACCCCCGAAGUCCGCGCGACAAUCGAUUCCCUCGGCGGAAACGUGAAAUACAUCGCCGCACCAGACCUCGAACACCACCUCAACAUCACGCCAUGGAAACAAGCAUACCCCCAAGCAGAGAUCCUGGCACCAGAAGGCCUCUUCGAGAAGCGCCAGUCAAACCCUGACUUCCAGGAUAGUCCGUUCGAGCACGUUUUCAAAAAGAGCGAUAAGCUGCCUCGGACUAUCUCGAAGGAGUUCGAUGCCGAGUUUGACUCGGAGUAUGUUCACGGUCACGGUUCGCGCGAGCUUGUCUUCCUUCACAGGCCGUCGCGCACGGUGAUUGAGGCCGAUAUGCUGUUCAACUUGCCCGCCACCGAGCAAUAUUCCAAGACACCGGAGGGACCAAAGCUCAACUUCCUCACGAAGCUUCUGCUCCCCUUAAUGUCGACCAAGCCCCCUGCUACCUGGCAUCGGCGCUUUGCGUGGUAUAUAUUAUCUUCCAAUGAUCGCCCGGCCUUCAACGAGUCGAUCAACAAGAUUGAUCAGUGGGACUUUGAUCGACUGAUUCCGUGUCAUGGUGACACGAUUGAGACAGGCGCGAAGGGGAUCUUCCGCGAUGUCAUGGCGUGGCACCUUGCAAAGAAGGACAUCUAG